UAUUGAAAUUAAUUUGACAAAUCACAAGAUGUUAUUUUGAUCGUAUUUGUUCAAUUUAUAUUGGUAGAUUUUAUAUAGAAAUCAAGAGUGUUAAAGUGAAAGUACAAAUAUGGAUGGAAAUAAGGAUGAAGCUGAUAGAUGUAUUCAAUUAGCUCAGAAAUACAUAGAAGAGGGAAAUCGGGAAAAGGCAGAAAAAUUUCUCCAUAAAGCUGAACGUUUAUUUCCUACACAAAAAGCGAAGGAUCUCUUGGUGCAAGUAAGUUUGAUGGCUUCUCUACCAGAAACCCAGCAACCGAGGAAACGUAAAGUGACUACCAAAAGUGAUGAGGGGCCUAAACCUAUCGAGUACACACAAGAACAGGUAGAAGCCGUGAAGAGAAUAAAAAAAUGUAAGGACUAUUAUGAAAUUCUGGGUGUUAGUAAAGAUGCGACAGAUUCAGAUAUCAAAAAAGCCUACAAAAAGUUGGCAUUACAGUUUCAUCCUGACAAGAAUAAAGCACCAGGGUCUGCAGAAGCUUUUAAAGCAAUAGGAAAUGCGGUUGCUAUAUUGACAGAUGUUGAAAAACGUAAACAAUAUGAUCUAUAUGGAAGUGAUGAAGAAAGAAUGGCUAAAACUUCCCAUUUCCAUUCACAUUCAUUCACUAGAGGUUUUGAAGCUGAAGCUACACCCGAAGAUUUGUUCAAUAUGUUCUUUGGGGGUGGUUUGGGUGGUUCUAAUGUGUAUGUUAGGAGAGACGGACGUUGGCAGAGGCAAACCUCUAGUCAUCAUGAAACCCACAGACAAAGAAAUGAGCAAGGAGGAUAUGGCGCAUUCCUACAGCUGUUACCAAUUAUAUUGGCAAUUAUUUUGUCCAUGGCAUCUAGUUUCUUUAUAUCUGACCCACAUUAUAGCCUGCAGCAGAAUUCGAAAUAUCCAGUACAAAGGAUCACUCAAACUCUAAAAGUCCCAUACUAUGUGAAGAAGAACUUCCACACAGAAUAUCAAGGUUCUGUGCCGAGGUUGGAGAUGUCUGUGGAAGAAGAACAUGUCACUAAUCUACAACAUGCCUGCUAUAGGGAGAAAAAUUAUCGUGACUCAAUGAUGUGGAAAGCCAGAAACUUUGGCGACCACAAGCUAUUCCAAGAUGCUCAGAACAUGCCGAUGAAAUCUUGUCUAAAACUACAAGAAUUGAGAAAUCACGGUUAGGCAUUUACACAUAGUUAAUGUAUAUAGCGUUGCAAUCUCGACCUUUGUUUUCAUAUUCCAACAAUAAAGCUGUGUUCUUUGUAGUUAGAUAAAAAGGCUAAUUCACUUCAUGUUGGAUUUUCCUAUAACGGAGUUUUAUAUGGGUAAAAAAUCACAGUAUUGUGUAUGCUAUUGUAUAUCGAAGUUCAAUGUGAAUUAUUCAACAGUUACAAAAGUUUUGUUGGUGUAUGUUUACUAAUAUGUAAGGAUAUAUUUUACAAAAUGGGCUAGUCAUUUAAAGUUCACUUUCACCCCUAGAGAGCUUCUCACAUAUCGAACAUCUUAUUGUUGUUAAUUUUGUUUUAUAAUUAAUUUUAAAUAAAUUAUUGUUGGCAAUCA